AUGGGUCCGGUUCGUCAACUGCAAAAUCGAUUUCGAACCAAGGUAAUAGCUGAACAAAGCACUUCAAGAACUGAAUCUCAGCCAGUAAAAGAGUGUACGUCACGCGUAACCGUCAUCGACAGUCAGCGUUUUCCAUCUUCUGUUAUAACUAAAGAGACCUUUAUGCAUAUAGACGAUAGUUGGCCUAGAGAAACGAACAGUGAUGCCAAAAUUGGUUUUUCUGUUCUUGCGAGGUUUAAACUUUGGAUAUGCAAAUGGAAGAAACCCAUUUUUAUUGCUGGACUAAUUGUUGGUGUAACUAUUCUAGUGGCAGUAACAGCUGUAGUUGCCGUAUUUGUUGUGAAGAAAGAAAAAUUGUCAUGUGAAGCUGAUACUUCGACGACAUUAAGCAGUACUACUACCGAAGAGGUUGGAUCAGGAGGUUUAUCUUAUGUUAACGUCAAGGCUUAUCGAUUCAACUUUUCAUUGUCUCAUGCGAGACUGCGUCCAGACAGAAGAGUUGAAGGAGGGUACAUUCUGACAAGCGAUGAGUCAGUUGCUUUAUUGAAUGACUGUGGCAAAAAAACCCGCUUAAAAACUGUUUGGAAUGAGAAGGAUAUUUACAUUUGUGGAGUGCAUAAGCUGCUUACAAGUUUUUUGUUUGAGAAUGAGAACUGUGGUUGGUGUGAAGUGUUUGAUGUAGCUGAAGAGUGUCGUAAUAAUGUUUCUGUCUGCGGUUAUUCUAGUUUGAUAUACUGUUGUGAAAGUUGUGAACCGGACGGUUCAUUAUGUGCUGUUUAUGGAUUCCGAGUAGUAAGCAGGGGAACUAUAUUUUUAGAUGCAAGUUUCAAAACUAUAUCAAGUAACGAGAGUUUGUUCAAAUUGUCUGUAGCAAGUGGUCUGAAAAGUUUAUGUUAUAUGCAGACACAGUUGAUUCUAAUACGGAACAACAGUUUUGAGUCUCGUUUAUUUCCAGCAGUGCAGUGCCCUUGCGGGCUACCUGAUUUUAAUGAUUUAGUUAGCGUUGCAAUCGAGCAAGGAUGGGAUGCCAAAGCUGCAUGGGGAGCAGCUCUUACAGAAGAUGGGGUACUUUGUCUUUCAGAUUUUAAAGGUACACACCACAAAGUAUUUGGUCUUGGAAACUGUAGUACCUUGAGCUUACAUAUGUGCGCCGCUGCUGGCAGUAUAUUAGUUGCAAGUGUUUCAGAGGGAUUGCUUUCAGUGGUUAAAUUAAGUGGUAAUUUGAUUUCUGUCGUAGAACCACGGUGCGUCUAUUUUAGAUUUCCUGGUAGCCUUAUUGAUGCAUUUUUUGAUGACGAAGAACUUGUAAUUUAUAAAACGGCGGACUUUCUUUUGUACGUUGCCCAGUUAGGAUUUUUUUGGGAUUAA